AUGAAGACCCCAACGAACAAGGACUUCGAUUACGCGAUGACCCCGAUUAAAGUGCUCUCGUGGCCCGUGGGCACUUGGCCACUUCAAACGUACAACUUCGUUUCGGGUCUUCGGUGUGCCAUCUCUAUCGUCCUUUUGCUGUUAAUGUUGCUCAUCGUGAACACGGAGAUGUACCUGGACCACAGCGAUCCAGAGAAGAACCUGGACGCACUGUUGUUCAUCGCAUGCGGGAUCCUAGCUAUAUGGAAGACCCUCUGCUUCCGUGUCUGCUGCAGCGGACUGGUCUCGAACUUCACCUCCGCGUUGAAGGAUUACAACGAGCUUCUGGAGCAAGAGAAACGGACGAUCGUACGGCAACACGCGAAAAUGGGCCGUAUCGCGUGCGCCAGCGUCAUCUUCUUCUCGUAUUUGGACUCGACCAUCUUCACCACCAUUCCGAUGCUCGCCGGAGAGGACGAGGUCGCGUUUAGCAAAUCGAAUGUGACGCAAGAGGAUUCGUUGAACUACCCUAUACCAUCGGAGGUCACCCUAAAGUUUCUCCAAGUGCCCGAAAGUUUGUACGUGGUGAUCUACAUCACGGAGUACUUGUUUCUGCUGAUAACGAGCACCGGUAACCUAGGCGGCGACUCCUUGUUCUUCGGCAUUAUGUUCCAUCUGUGCGGCCAGGCGGAAGUGUUGAAGGUGGACUUCGAUAGAUUCGUCGAGGGCACCGAGAACUUGUCGCAGCGUUUCAAUGCCCUCGUUCUCAGGCACCAGGAAUUGCUGCGAUUAUCCGAGCAGCUGAACGAGACCAUCAGCUUGGUCAUGGUCAUACAACUGUUCUUGAGUUGCAUACUGAUCUGCACAACAGAGGGAUUUCAAUGUAUUCUGUCUUUGAGCAACAACAACAUCGUGAUGACCGUAAAGACGUUCAGUGUAGUGACCACACUGCUAAUACAAUUGUUCGCGUACAGUUAUAUCGGCGAGUACAUGAAGAAUCAGUUCGAUACCGUCGGGUACCGUGCAUAUUGUAGCGAUUGGUACAACAUACCGUGCGAUUUGUCGCGGGACAUCAUCUUUGUAUUGAUGAGGAGCCAGAAUCCCGUUCAACUCAAGGCCGGCAGUUUCUUUGUCGUCAAUAUGGAGACGUACAUGGGCAUUCUGAAAACCUCGAUGUCGUAUCUUUCGGUUCUUCGCGUGAUGGUAACCUCGUGA